AUGAAUAUACGACAGAUUGGUGGUCUAUCAAUACUACCGAGAGUUAAAGUACGAUAUAGUGCUAUAAUAUCGAGAACAUUGCAUCAUAGCAGUCAUUUAUACAAUUCCCUCCACGAUAUAACGACAAAAUCCGAAGAACAUUCAUCAACGUCAUCAUUCAAGUAUGUUAACUUAGCCAUACAAAAUAGAAGAUGUCAAAAACGUUCUAUUCCCAAACCUUACACCACAAAGUCAGAAGUUUUGGAUGAUCUUAAAGCUAUCAAUGAAAUGGGGAUAAGUGAUGAAAGAAGUGAAGAAAUAUUUACAUUAUUCAAUAAGAUGAUAGGUCUAUCUCAUACUUAUAAUGAUUUGAUACCAUUAAUGUGUGACAUUUGGACUAAGGUCUUUACUCAGGACUUCCCUUCGAUACAGAAGAAACUCAUCACGAGGAGAGAGAUUUUUGUCCAUGCUUUAAUGAACACCAAAAGAUUUGAUGAUUAUAGAAAUUGUAUACAACCUCUCGUUGAAGCUGGUACUCAUGAUUCCCAAGUAUAUGACACCUUGAUACAAAUUUUGAAAUUCAAUGGGAAAUUUUAUGAUAUGGACGGCAUUUUAAAGUAUCUUAGAUCAGAUGGUGAUAUCAAUCAAAAGAGAAUGUUCAUAAAUAGAUUCCUAAUACUGAACGAAAUCGAUGAUGAAGUAAUGAAAGAUUUCUUCAAGAUGUUACGAAUAGUUGAUGGUACAUGUUUACUUACUGAAGAAGAUCACAAACACUACCAAGCGUCCGUGGAAAAGAUAAAUGUUGCGAUAGUAAAUUCAAAAAGAAAAGACUUCAACCUUAACAAAUUAAGAACCAUCAUGUUUGGGUGUGGGUUCUCAAACAAAGCAUACUUCAACUUCUUAUCUUCAAUGAUAAAGUUAGGUACACCCAAAAACUCACUCAAGAUAUUCAAAUUCAAAUUUCAAAAAUAUCUUUGCAAGGAAACCAUACUAGCUGACUAUGAUAUUACCAAUGCCAUGAAAACCUUGUAUGAACUAGGAAGAUACAAAGCAUGUUUUGAUCUUUAUAAGUAUGAUCCCAAGUUCAAUAACGAAGAUCAGUUCGCCAUUUUGAUGGAGACUUGUGUAAAACAAAAAGAUUGGUUGAAUUUACAGGUAGAAUUCGAUGAUCUUUAUGGGAGAGGUAACUUACCCUACGCCGUUCAUUAUUCCAUUGUCAUGAAUGCUUUGGCUGAGUUGGGGUCCGUGAAUGAUGUAGAUAGAUUAUACCAACAAUUACUUAAAAGACGAAUGACACCCAAUAUGGCUAUUUAUAAGGCUUUAAUCAAAGUAAGAGUGAACAAUAAUGAAUUCGCUGAAGCCCAGGAAAUCUUCAACAAAUAUCAUCGUCAAUUCAAAGAUAGUUCAAGUGUUUAUAGUUUGAUUCUGAAGGAACAUUUCAAUUCAUCCAAUUAUAAGAAAUUAAUGAUUCUUUUCAUAACGUCCGUCAAGAAGGAAAAAGCUGAAGGUAUCAAAUUGAUCAACUCCGAAUUCGUUCUUAAACUAAUAAAGUCCUUACAAAGAAACUAUGCAUUUAAAGAAAUUGAAGAAGUGAAUUUAAUCGUCAAAGAAUUGUUACCACAUUUGAUUGAUGAUGAAUUUUUCAAUGCCUUAGGAGAGAGCUACAUAAAGUUCAAUCAAUUCGAGAUGGUAGAAGCUUUGGUCAACGAAGCUAAAAUUAUUCAUAAUAUCCCUGAAGAGAAACUUUAUUCCUUACAAUUGAGAAACUAUCGUCAUUGGGAAUUUGUAGUCACUAACAAAUAUCAAAGAGGUAACAUUGAUCUUAGUAGAAGAUAUAUUAUCAACAAAAUUGACAAUGAAUUGAUCUCAAACAAUCCUAAAUUAUGUACAGAAGUCAUCAAACAUUUGAUCAAUGAAGGAUAUGAAGGAAGAGCUAGAGGAUUUCUUAAAAAGGUAAUUAACUUAAACAAACCAAGAGAGCAAUUUUUCUUACCCUUAAUGAAGUAUAAUUUGCAUUUGAAUGAUGAAAGUUAUUUAGAAGAGAAUUAUAAACCUGAUGAUUCAGCCCGACAAUCCGCCAAUUUGAAACAACGAUUGAUAAAGUUGAAUAAGAAAAAUCUAAACCUAUUCAAACAAAUGGUUAGUCUUGAAGUACCAGUGACUAUGAAGACUUAUGAUGUUUUGAUGCAAUCAAUCACAUAUGUUGAUAAAUUCGAAGGUAAUGAUUUUUCCAAUUCAAUCAAGUUGAUGCAAUCCAUUUUAGAUAUUAGUGGGAUGAAGUUGGAAAUUCCUCUCCAAGGAAAUUUCAAUCAAUUUUCAAACCUUGCCAUAGAAGAUGGUGAAAUAUCAGAUUUCGAUUGGUUCGAGAACAGUUCUGAAUUAUUCAAAAUAUCCAUGUUCUUUGUUAACAAUGUAUUAUACGGCAAAAAAGAAAAGAAUAAAUUCUUAGUAGGUACAUUGAAAUCCUUAGGACUGAUGAAUAAUGAUAUGCCAUUGUAUUUGAGAUUGUGUAUUAAUCAAGAGAUGGGGAGAUUCUACAAGAGAUUGGACAACGUUAACAGAGUGAUGAAAAUUACUGAUAAAGGAUUAUCAGAAUGUCAAAAGAUAAUCAAAAGAUUUCUGACCAGUUUCCCACUUCGAUAUGAAAAUAAUGGAAUGUUCAGAUGGGCCGUACCCCAGGAAUUGAAAAAACAUUUUGAAGAUUUCAUUUCUCUUAAAAUAAGAAUUUUACAAUAUCAAGAAAUGAAAAACCAACAAUCUAACCAAACUAGUUUCCCCAAAUUACUUCGUAUAAUUAAAGAAAAUGAAGUGGCCGUUAAUGGGGUGGAAUUAAACUUUAUUAUCUCAAAAGUUUUGGGUUCUUCUGUUGACUAUAUAACAUCAGAAGUUUUACCUGUGAUCGAAGAUCACUUAGCAAAUAAUGGAUUAAAUGAGAUUUCUAUGAAGAGACAAAUUCAGUAUUUAUAUAAAUUAUUCAGUAUUCUUAUGAUCAAUAAAAUUGGAAUGAAGAGAUUUUCCAAAGAAUAUGAAAUUUUGACCCAACAUUAUGAAAUUGAUAUCGUAUCUAACCAUGACAAAAUAAUGAUUCGACGUAUAAAAUCACAGUUCAGCAAUGGUUUGAAAACCUUCAAUACUAGAUUCCCUGAGUUCAGUGCCGAGGAAAGUUUAAUUUUUAGUAACCCUUUCAAGUUCUUCUAUCCUGAACGGUCGAUCAAAACUGUCAACAAAUUAAAUUAUGAGAACAGUUAUAAAUUAUUGAAAACUUUAGAGAAUUUAGAUAAAUAUGAAUUAUUUGAUUUGAUGGACAAAUAUCCUUUAACCAUUGAAUUGAUCAUGUUGAAUGAUAAAAGCAUGAAUAAAAUAAUACAAUUCAGAAAUGCCAUCAAUAAAAUAAUCCCCUGUUCUACUAUGGAAACCAAACAAGAGAGGUUUGAAAGAACAAUGAAAGCAUUACAUGUAUAUAGUAAAUGA